CUUAGGAAACAACAAAUUAAUGUGAGUCGCGAUGGUACUCUCUCAUCAUGGAUGAUUGAGCUGCUGCCUUCUGCACACGAUGUUGGUUAAUAACUUAUAAUGGCCGUAAUGCUCACCGUUCCCCUCCUUCGUUUUCGUUCUUAGCAAGAUGGGUCGUCUUCAUGCUCCAGGAAAGGGUAUCUCCAAGAGUGCCAAGCCUUACAAGCGUACUCCUCCUUCGUGGUUGAAGAUCUCUGCCGCCGAUGUCGAGGAGCACAUCUGCAAGCUUGCAAAGAAGKGUUUGACCCCCUCCCAAAUUGGUGUUAUCUUGCGAGAUUCUAACGGAAUCGCACAGGUCAAGUCCGUUACUGGACAGAAGAUUGUUCGAAUCCUCAAGGCCAAUGGACUUGCCCCUGAAAUCCCUGAGGAUCUUUACAUGCUUAUCAAGAAGGCCGUCCAGGUCCGAAAGCAUUUGGAAAGAAACCGAAAGGAUAAGGACUCCAAGUUCCGUCUUAUUUUGAUCGAAUCCAGAAUCCACAGAUUGGCACGAUACUACAGAACUACCCGAAAGCUUCCCGCUAACUGGAGAUACGAAUCCGCCACUGCCUCUACCAUGGUUGCCUAAGCGUUUCACAUUAGUAGAUUCAUUUAACGAACGAGCUGUCUUUUGUAUCCAUUAUCGACAACUAUUAACAACGGGGGUUAUUACGUUGACG